CGGCGGCCACCGCCAUCUUUGUGCGGGGCCGCGCUUCCGCCGGCGUCGCGGCGGGGAAUCCGCAGUGGGUCGGCCGGCGAUGGAGCCGGGCAAGAGCUCGCCGCUUCGGCUCUGGCUGCUGUUGCUACUCCUGCCGCCUGUGCAGGGCCGCCAGAAGGAGUCAGGUUCAAAAUGGAAAGUAUUUAUUGACCAAAUUAACAGGUCAUUGGAGAAUUAUGAACCAUGUUCAAGUCAAAACUGCGGCUGCUACCAUGGUGUCAUAGAAGAAGAUCUGAUGCCUUUCCGAGGAGGUAUCUCCAGGAAGAUGAUGGCAGAGGUAGUUAGGCGGAAGUUAGGGACCCACUAUCAGAUCAUUAAGAACAAAUUAUACCGAGAAAAUGACUGCAUGUUCCCCUCCAGGUGUAGUGGUGUUGAGCACUUUAUUUUGGAAGUUAUUGGGCGCCUCCCUGACAUGGAGAUGGUGAUCAAUGUGCGAGAUUAUCCUCAGGUUCCUAAAUGGAUGGAGCCUGCCAUCCCUGUCUUCUCCUUCAGUAAGACAUCAGAGUACCAUGAUAUCAUGUAUCCUGCUUGGACAUUUUGGGAAGGGGGCCCUGCUGUUUGGCCAAUUUAUCCUACAGGUCUUGGACGGUGGGACCUCUUCAGAGAAGAUCUGAUAAGGUCAGCAGCACAGUGGCCAUGGAAAAUGAAAAAUUCUACAGCAUAUUUCCGAGGAUCGAGGACAAGUCCAGAACGAGAUCCUCUCAUUCUUCUAUCUCGGAAAAAUCCAAAACUUGUUGAUGCAGAAUAUACCAAAAACCAGGCUUGGAAAUCUAUGAAAGAUACCUUGGGAAAGCCAGCUGCUAAGGAUGUCCAUCUCGUGGAUCACUGCAAAUACAAGUAUCUGUUCAAUUUUCGGGGUGUAGCUGCAAGUUUCCGAUUCAAACACCUCUUCCUGUGUGGCUCACUUGUUUUCCAUGUUGGUGACGAGUGGCUAGAAUUCUUCUAUCCACAACUGAAGCCAUGGGUUCACUACAUCCCAGUCAAAACGGAUCUCUCCAAUGUCCAAGAGCUGUUGCAGUUUGUAAAAGCAAAUGAUGAUGUAGCUCAAGAAAUUGCUGAAAGGGGAAGCCAGUUUAUUAUGAACCACCUGCAGAUGGAUGACAUCACCUGUUACUGGGAAAGCCUCUUAACUGAAUACUCCAAGUUCCUGUCCUAUAAUGUAACAAGAAGGAAAGGCUAUGAUCAGAUUAUUCCCAAAAAUUUGAAAACUGAACUCUAAUAGUCAUCAUAGGACCAUAGUUAUCUCUGUGGCAGCAGAUCUCAGAUAUUCUAUGGUACAAAGCUUACCAUGAGCAUGGCACCUAUACCUGAAUACCUUUAUGGAGCCAAAUAUCUGGUUUCCUUUAUCAUGCUGUACCCAGAAAAACUCUUGAGAAAGAUCCAAAAUGUGUAUAACACACAAAUAUAAAGCCACUCAACUCUGGCUGAAUAAGGACCAGAAAUCAUGAGACGUGGAUUUUGGACCCAGUUCUACCUUUCAUUUUUUUACGACCAAUCACAGCCUGUGCCUCAGAUCAUCCACCUGUGUAUGUCCAUCACUGUGAAAUUGACUUGUGUCCAUGUGAUGAUGUCCUUUGUUCCAGUAUUUGGAGCAGAAAAUUCAUCCUUUGGAACUAGUACAACUCAUUGCUGCAGCUCUGAAGUUAUUCUAGGCUUGAACUCUGUUGCUUUAUUUUAAUGUAGGAAACCCUAUGGGAUUUGUAAGAAAUACUUAGGGAUCAUUUUCUGAAAGGUCUAAGGAAGCAGUAGUUGUGCCACACAAUGAUACAGAGUUCUUUUGUAAAAGCAUAAACUUUUUUUACUGAGGAGGUCUCUAUAAUGUUACAUAGAAAGGAGGCGAUUCCAUGAGUAAUUAUUGCAGUUGGAUUUCAAGUUCCCUUUUUGUGCCUUCAUGCCCUUCUUUUUAUUGUAUCUCUAAAG